UGCGAUUUUCUCUCUCAUGGCGAGGGAGCUUCUGUCGUGAGAUUCGUCCACUUUUCGUGCGGAACGCUUCGUUCGAAGUAUAGCACGCUCGCGGAUUACGUAAAUUCGUAAGAGAAAAAUAAAAAAGAGCCGUAAAGUAGGCAAGGAGCGAAUUGUGCGUAAAACACGUCGAAAUGAGGAGAACACCUUUCGAUAAUCACAAUAGCGCAAGGCAGAACGUUUUAAGCAACACGUACAACUCGUAUAGUGUUGCGUCGAAAAAUUCAAAGGAUGCCGAGUACAAGUACAGCGUGAAUUAUAGCAAUACACAGGAGAAAAAGUUUCUGCAGCGAAGUUAUUCCGCGGACAAUGUUGUAAUACGUUCCCGUGGUUUUAAGCCCUCCGAUAGGCACGACCCUGUCAAAAGGAACUUCCUUGAACAUUUGACUUCGAAAAUACUACAUUUUGAUAUGGAGAAUAAUGAAGCUGGGCCAGUCAAUUUGCAGAAACUGCUUACUCCUGCGUCCGACUCGCAGGGGAUUAUGCAGUCAAAAAAUAGAAAAAUGUUUGCAUCUUCGUAUUUCUAUGCACCGACACAUCCAACCGUCGAGGAUCAAGUUGAACUCGCUCGACGAAUUUCGCAUUCGUUGAGCGACGUGAAGAACAUGAAAAGUAAAGGUCAAUCCAUGUACGUGAAUAGAAAGAAACGAUCUGUCAAAUGGAUCCACGAUGGUAAUGGUGUGGAGGACGAGGAAGAACCUUCGACCGCUGUUCAUAGAGAUAAAAUUCCUUUAAAAUGCAUGAUGAAUCCGCACGGAAAAGUGUUAGAUAUACAUGGUAUUCAAGCUUUAGGCGAAGAAGUAAAUAUUGAACCGAUGCCAAAGAAUCCUGAGAAACUGUUUGAUAUCGUGCGUGACCUAAAUAACCAAAAAGGCCGUGGUGCUGAGAUAUUCGCGAAACGUAGGAAAAGGUCUGAAAAAUGGGUAGUGGACAAAGAUCAACCGCAAACUCCGACCACGCCAGGGACGCCGAAACUAAAUUAUUCGGGGAAACCGGAGAUGAAUGGCACUUCAAAGUUUUCGACUUUGUCUCCGCUGACACCAAUUGUACUUGAGCCAACCGUCGAGAAACCGUUUUAUAAUCCCUUCACCGUGGAUUUGUCUUUAGGCGACACGAAUCCACCCGCAACAGGUAGAAACCAAUAUCGUUGCAACGGUCAAGAGUGUAAUCACCACUCGACCGAAGUGAAAAAGAUAUAUUUGAGAGAAGUGGCUGUUGGCACUGAUAACGAUUUCGUUGACAAAUCUCGAUCAUCGAUCGUGGAAAAAUCGCGUCGAACCGCCUUCGAGCCUGAUAACGAACAGUAUAACAAUUACCGCGCAAGAAAUAACGGCUAUGACAAUACUAACAAACGCAAUCAUAAUUAUAACAAGGCUUCGCUGAGCAAAUGUAACUUUUCUAAUGCACACCACCAUGCUACUAACAAAGAGAUGAAAUACGUUAAGGAGCAACGCAUCGCCGAGCGUGUAAAUAGUAGCAUGAUCAACGAUAAAAGCAAACUCGUGAAUAAUCAACGAGAGAUCGAUUCCGUUCGUAUCGACAGCGAUAAUAGCGAGUACACACCGAUUCCGGUGAAACAAUUGAUACAAGAAUUUGAAAAAACUUGUAGGCCAGUUCUGCAGUACAAACAAAUCAGUCCAAAGGUUAUUCCGAUUAUACAGCAUUCUCCUAUAGACAAUGAUAUUGCACGAUUCUUUGAAACGCGAAACUCGGUUAAACCCAACACCGUCGAAGAGCAUAGGAGAAUAACCAAUCAACGGGCAUACGAUGAGUCCGUACGAUUUCGAGAUAACUGCAACAACGUUUACAUCUCUACCGACGAUACGGAAUACACGAGCGACGAGUCCGAUUCUCAGACGAACGAUUACGCCAGCGAGGAUAUAAUUUAUCGCGAAAAAUCGGAAACAUCUAGCUUAAUGAACGGGGAUCAAGAGUACUCGUCGAUGUAUAGGGAGGAAUGUUCUAGCCGACGCCGAUCGAUCACUUCCGAAGAAGUGGAAAACUUCUGCAACAACGGGGAUGGGAAAUUCACGAACACCGAAACGGACGUACCCGUCGAAGCAAAGUCGUUGUUGCUUUCUAUGAUCGCUUCUCAGGAGGAUAUUUUAGAAACUAUCAAACAUUUACGCAGUACACCAGUGUUGGACAAUCUUUUGCAUGGGGUUUCACCGGACUGUAAAUUCGGUGAUAUAUGCCCGGACGGAGGCAAAAAGCUUUACGAGGAUAAUAAUACUUAUACAGGACCGAAAUUGGCCAGUGUUCACAAUUUGACGAAUUACAACACGGCACCUCGUGGCUGGGAUCAAUCUUUAACUUUUUAUCGACCAAUCAAAUUCGAGAAACCACAGGAAAUCGUAUAUUCUGAUUUUUAAAUAUAAUUACGAUUACGAUGUUAAAAAGGAACGAAGGUGUGCGAAUGAUGUUAUUCAAACGAUACUCCGCAGAUUAUAUUAACUUGUUUUCUAAUCAAUAACAAAUUUACGUUUUUUUCCCAAUCUAGUCAGAUAACGAUAACAAUAUCUCAAAAAAUAAAUUAAAUAUGAAACGAAGAAAAUUAGGCGGUACCAUGUGUACGUACAUAGUUGAAUGUUUCAUUGUGCUUGAUUAUAUCUACCUCUCCCAUUAUCAAGAUGUGUUAAGAUCUUUAUUUAUGCUUCUCAGUGUUAUUGCAUUUUACUUUAUAAUAUUCAUCUAAAUAAAUGUUGGUUUCAUAAUACACGAUGUACUCUUAGGUGUCACAUUCAUUGCAGUUUUAAAUGGAUGUAAAUGAUUUUUUUUUAUUUUUCUUUAAUUGUGUAUCAGAAAUAUAAAUUAGAAUUUCUAUGCUCUGAUAAUAAUCAUUCAGAUAACAAUAUUAAAUUACAUAAAAUGCUGAUAAUAUUGAAAAGAAUACAUAAGUACAGAAUUUAUUUACAUAAGCUUUGACUUAAAGUUGUUAACAUUUGUGUGAUAUGUAAUCGGUCUGUUCUUUAAAACAAUUUGUCAUUCGAUAUCUAAGCGCUGUAUUUGAAGGAUUACACUUGUUUAAAGCACCCUUUGAUAUAUCAUACGUACAAUGUACGGGACGUGUGAAAUUUACGUGUUAUUUGUUGAUUUUGUUUGUAAAUUGUUAAUUUACAAUAUGUAUUUGGUUGUAUUUAUUAUUUAAUGAAAUAAAUGUUUUUAUUUUUCGUUUAUAUCCUGGUGCUUCUCACACGAUAGAAAAAAAAAGAAACAUUGUAAUAUUUAUUUUACCGCUCACAAGUAUCCAGAUAUUUACCUGUAUUAUACUAGAACAACCGGAAUUGAAUGUAUGCUUCAAAUUGGAAGAAUAAAUGGACGAAAAAUCAAAAAA